CGUCCCGGACCGCCAAAAUCGGCUCCUUUUUUUUUUUUUUAAUAUACGUUCUUUGUCUUCAUUUAUUUCUUUACUUUUGUUGCUUUUUGUACCUGGGCUCGAGGCGCGUGCGAGGCGCCACUGCGGCUGUGAAGUGUCACGUGACCCUCCUUUAUGAACCACGAGCCACACACCGCAAGGCGACAGCGUGACACCUGCUGAACAUUGAAGAACCGGAGGGAGCUUCAAGAACUUCAGUGCGGCUGGAAGCCCCACCUCCUCACCUCCUCGUGAACCACAAGUGGAGGAGCCAAAGUGUCAGGAGAAGAAGCCAUCUUGUUCGUUGUCCAUCAUGAAGAAAGUAUUCAGCGUAGUGGACGAGGAGCAGCAUCAUCAUCAUCACGCUUUGAAGCUUCUCGACAUGACAAACUGGUGAUUUGAUGGAUUAGCACGUGCUAAUCCCAUCACUGUUGACGUCCAUCCUCCUUCCUGCGCCGCCAAAUGCGUGACCAGCCCUUUAUCCAACGCCAGCGACCUCGUGACGUUCGUACUCGCUCCAGGAUGCAGCGCGCGGUGUCGAUGAAGCCAUAGAGAGCCGCAGCCAUAACACCUCCCACCCCCUGAGGAGCAUCCAUGCUUCACGCCUGCUCAGCCUGGACCUGACCCGUCUGAGCUGACGGAUGAGUCCGGACACUUUCAUGUCUGUUGUGUGGGCGGAACCACGCUGCCCCGCUCGAACCGGGCCCAAGCCCUCCUUCGUUCUUUACUGCUGGCUGGAGUUGAAUUCCGAGCAGAGACACUCGCACAAGGGCGUCCUACGCACAUAGGUCCCGCCCCCUUUUCUCCUCGCCACUCACUCGUUUGCCUUGACGUUCGUCCGGCUGCCAGCGAAACCGCCAAAACUUCACCUGUCCUCUCUCUGACUUUUGUGGCCAACUCGUGAAUGUGAGGACUCGACACAAGUCUCGUGCCAAACGUCCAUUGGCUGAGAUCGUUUACAAGACGCCAAAACCCUCCGUGUGACUUCAAGGAGAAGUGCCAAACAACGUUUACAUGCAAGCUUCGAUGUUUACACCGUCCUCUCUCCAUCUCUUCCCUGCUCGGAUUAACAGUUUACACCUUCUUUUCUUACAUGUCCAGCAAAUCAAACUUGAUGUUUGAACGUCCCCGCGUCGCCUAGCAACACCUCCGUUUACAGAACGUUUACAUUCAGGCGACGGAUGAAACCUUUUCUACGAUAGCUGCAACAGACCUCGUCAUUAAACAAUGAAAGCUACAAUUCCUCGAGGGAUGUUUUGCUUGUCUCUGCUGCUUUUCACCUGCCUUGCUGUUGCCACGGUAACCGCCGAUAACGAUGUCAGGAACCCGUCGAGCAGCGCCGGUUCCCCCCUCGCCGGCAAGCACGCCACCCUGUUCCUGCUCACAGGGUACAAGCCGCCGCCCUCCAAGGGAGCGCCCAAAAGGGCAGAGGUGGAGGACGCCGAUGACCCGCCGCUGAUGGCCGAGCUGCCUCCCAAGCCGCUCCCGCAGACCAUGUUGCCGAGGAACGUGACGGCGGAGGCCUUGAAGCCGCCUCUGGGUGCGGCCCAGGUGGCCCCGCCUCCCAGGCAGCUGGUGGACGUGGACGUGUGCAGGGGUUACUAUGACGUGAUGGGUCACUUGGACCCCACCUUCAACUGCUCCAAAGGCAGCUACAUCUACUGCUGCGGGACCUGCCAGUACAGAUUCUGCUGCGAGCACCAGCGCAGCAGACUGGACCAGGACUCGUGCACAAACUACAAGUCCCCCGACUGGGCCGAACCCCUGGUUCCCGUCAUCGUGCCCGUGGGCAACAAGCCCGACCCGGACUUUGAAACUCUCCAGCAGCAGAACAGCAGUACGGCCUACGUCAUUGGCGGCGUCAUCUCCUUCACGCUGGUGGUGGCCGUCGCGGUCCGGAUUGCCUUCAGUAAGGUGGCACGGCGACCUCGCAACAGAGACAUCAACAUGCCCAGGUCGCUGGUUGACAUCUUGCGCCACCAGUCGAGUCCCGUGCAGCACGGCGAGAGAAACAACAGCGCCAUGCUGACCACCUCUGACGGACGCACUUCCAAAAACAGCUACACGCCCAUACUGCAGAGCAAAGACAACCGCACUGGAAACUUGCUCCACCAUUUUAACCGGCAGGGCUCUGCUUCCAGUCCCAAACACUCUGCUACCAUCGAGCGUGGGGCCCGCAUGAACAACACCCCCCAGCUCUCGUCCGGCCCCAAGUUGAUAGCGAGCAGCAGCAAAGGUGGCGGCGGUGGCGGCAUCAUGGGCGGGGGGAUGAGGCACAACAGCAGCCAUGCUUCCUUCUCGCACUCCUUCCACAACUUGGCCCAGCUGCCGCCGUCCUACGAGGCCGCCAUGAAGCCCGAAAUCAGCCGCUACAGUUCGCUGAAGAGGCUGGAAAAAGAGCUGGAUGAAUAUUCUGGCUAUUAUUCUGCCAAGCGUCGCUCCAACAACGCUCCGCCCUCCUUCCACUCCUCGCAGCACCACCUACCCUGGGGGGGAGACUACACGCUGGACUCCAGGGGCACGCUGCCGCUCAACGGCUCGCGGCCUCGUCUCCACAUGCCGCCCUCCACUCCCAACCCGUACCCGCUGCCUAUGCAGACACACUACACAGGCUCCAGCUUUGACCGGCCGCCGCGGCGUGUCCGCUCGCAGGACCAGCUGCUGGCGCUCGGGGAGGGCAACACCUUGUCCUGCCUGUCCAAGAACCAGCAGCACCAGUACUACAAGGCUAUGAUUGGCGGGAGCAGGAACUCCACCUCCCAGACACUCCGCAGAUCCCACGAGCGGCUACUGGUGUCUCCUGAUCACCUGGAUGAGCGGCUGAUGGCGAUGGGCUUGAUGGCGGGAGCGGAGAGAGGCAACAUGGUGCCCACAAUGGGUCGCCUGAGCCACCACCAGAAGGCCCAGUCGCAGCAGAACAUCUGCGUCACGCCCUCCAUGGACCGCCACCAUAUGAUCAAGAUGAACUCCCACCCGACGUCCGGCCACGAGCACGAGCGCAGUGUGGCCGUGCACAGCGGCUGGGACGGCGGAGCGGGCUCUAUGGGGGGCCACCCCAACACCCGCCGCAUGGCUUUUGCCAACAAGCGUCAGAACACCAUCGAACAGCUCCACUUCAUCCCUGGCGGUGGAGGGGGAGCCCACGCCCUCCGGACUGGGAGUAAGAACGAAGUAACCGUGUGAGACGAAGAGUGUGGAAGAAGAAGGGCAGAGAGAACGGCCCCCGCCCCGCUAUUUAAAGAAACCAACUUUUCAGUUUUGUCCGCCAUGUUGUAAAAACCCCAAAGUUCCUUUUCGGAUGUUUGGUGGCGUAAAAGUACAACGACACCAGCGCCAGAACCCCACAACCACGUCUUGUCAACUUCUUGUACUCGUUAGCGACACAGCUACAUCCUAUCGCUGCUUAGUGAUUCAUUGCUAGCUGGCGUGAUAGCUGACGUCUGUGAAGAAGCAUUUAAAGGCCCACAUCCUGCAAAAACCUACUGGAGAACUUUCUAGUUUGGAACGUUACCCUUGACCUCAUCCAAACCUCAGCAACGCCACCAAUGGGACUGUGCUCACCGCCCCCCUGUGGAUGCCUGCGACAUCACCUGUGUGUGUGUGUGCGUGAGUGUGUGUGGGGGACACACUAAGGGCUAUAACCAAGUAAUGACGUUUGUGUGUCUGUGCAGCGUCUGCGUCUCGUUUGUGGAGGCAUGCUUGUUCUUUACUUCCUGUCUGAGGAGAAGGGACUCAACUUGCUUUAAAUUUUUCUUAACCCUUCUUUGUGUGACUUCCAAUACACUCAACAUACAUGUGCACGCGCGUGUAUGUGUGUUUAUUAUGAGGCCACCAAGAGGCCUCCAUUUCAAUAAACUCACAUGACACUUAUUAUAACUUUUUAAUUUGUUUUCAUGAAAGAGCUGAUGCAAUCAAAUGGAGUGAUGAUGUCAUAGCCGGUGAUGAUGAUGUCACAGUGUGUGUGUGUGUGUGUGUGUGUGUGUGUGUAGUCCAUGGUCAUAUCAAUUUUUAACGACCAUCCAUUCAUUGACAGCUGAACUCAGAGGACUGGAGAAGAAGAGCCCCUAAAGAGAAAAACAUUAAAAAUUAAACGUUUCAUGCUGUCCGUCAUGCAUGCAUGUAUGUGCGUGAGUCAUAUUUUAUUUCGUAAGCUACUCUGCAUACCUCAAACUGUAAAAUACUUUUAUUUACUCCCUAUAAUGUUUUGUCUCUCCAGGAUGAAGGCCUCACUAACUUGUUUGUACAAACCAUCAUGUUAGACAAUGAUAACUACAAAUAAAUCAUUUUAAAGCGUCUUUGUCCGUGCUUCAGACCAGGGGUCGGGAACCUUUUUGGCUGAGAGAGCCAUGGAAGCCAAAUAUUUUUUAAAUGUAUUUCCGUGAGAGCCAUAUAAUAUUUUUUAACACUGAAUACAACUAAAUGCGUGCAUUUUUAAGUAAGACCAACAUUUGAGUAUAACACGUCUGUUAUUCUUUUUUAUAACAUUUUUAUUCUGAAGCUAACCAAUAAUGAAUAAAAUACUUCUUAUCAUUAAAGCGACUUCUUGAACAGGUGGGGUAGAAAACGGAUGGAUGGAUUAAAAUGCAUGAGAAUGUUUUAUAUUUUGAACGUUAUUUUUAACACUGAUUACCAGUGGAAUUAGUCAUUAUUUAUUGUGUU